ACAGAUCACCUAAGUGAAAGGCCACAAGCUCGAAAGGCUCAAGCUCCUCCUUCACAAGCUCCUUCCGCUCGGAAAUCGCCUUUCGAAGCGAUUAGUGCUUCACCCAGAUUCUCUGCAGCUGCUGGCAGACAAUUGUCAAAAUUUCGAUCCUAGAGGACCUCGAGUUUGCAGAGGAAGAGAUGGGAGCAGGAGCAAGUGCGGAGGAUAAAAAAUCCAAGGAGUUGGAAAAACAACUCCAGGAGGAUGCAGACAAGGACUCGAAAACUGUCAAGUUAUUGCUGCUUGGCGCUGGUGAGUCAGGGAAGAGCACCAUCGUCAAACAGAUGAAAAUUCUGCAUCAGGGAGGUUACACAAAGGAGGAGCAGCUGGAGUUCAGGGCCGUGAUCUACGGCAACAUUCUGCAGUCUGCUCUGGCCAUCAUCAGAGGCAUGGAAAUGCUGGACAUCAACUUCGGCUCCCCCUCUGGACAGGAGGAUGCACAGAAGCUGCAGAACUUGUCAGACUCUAUUGAAGAAGGCACAAUGCCCGCUGAGCUCGCUGACGUCAUCCAGAAACUGUGGAGCGACUCUGGGGUGCAGGCUGGCUUCGAGAGAGCUGCUGAGUACCAACUGAACGACUCUGCCGGAUACUACCUCAACGAGCUGGACCGAAUCCGCAAGCCCGACUACAUGCCUACUGAACAGGACGUGCUACGAUCUCGAGUCAAAACCACUGGUAUCAUUGAAGAACAGUUCUCCUGCAAAGAGUUGCACUUCAGGAUGUUCGAUGUCGGAGGUCAGAGGUCAGAGAGGAAGAAGUGGAUCCAUUGUUUUGAGGGUGUCACUUGUAUCAUCUUCUGUGGAGCUCUCAGUGCAUAUGACAUGGUGCUGGUAGAGGAUGACGAAGUGAACCGCAUGCACGAGUCGCUCCAUCUAUUCAACAGUAUUUGCAACCACAGAUUCUUUGCACUGACUUCCAUCGUGCUCUUCCUCAACAAGAAGGAUCUGUUUGAGGAAAAGAUCAAGAAGGUUCACCUGAGCAUCUGCUUCCCAGACUAUGAUGGACCCAACACGUACGACGACGCCAGCAACUACAUCAAGACACAGUUUUUGGAGCUGAACAUGAAGAAAGGUGUGAAAGAAAUCUACUCCCACUUGACCUGUGCCACAGACACCAAGAACGUGGAGAUUGUGUUCAAUGCUGUGACAGAUAUCAUCAUCAAAGAAAACCUAAAAGACUGUGGUCUUUUCUGAGCAGCCCCACACAAAAGAGAAGUUUCUAUCCAACCUUAGCCCCUCACAUAUUGGCAUUAAAGCAGAAGUGUACUGAUGGGGUGUGGAGGUUUGUGCUUGCCAAUUCUUGCUCCAUCUCCAAAUGGCAUCUUCCUGGGCCCCAACACCUCAAAAUCUGUGGACACAUACCCCAAAGCUGCUUGAACAAGUGAAUAAAUUAGACACAUGUCCUCAUUGAUUCCCUUUGACUACUGUGUUGUGAGUAUUAUUUACAAUUGAAACUAAAAAAUGUAAUAAAAACAAUAAAACUUGGGGAAUAAUAUGAUAAUUUGACUAGCAGCAUUGCAUUUCUUUCUCUUUUGUUUUUGAGUGCAGUAGUUUUUGUGGUCUUGAUAUCAAAGCUGUAUAAAGUUGCUGUGUAAAUAUGCCUGAUAUGCCCAGUGCUCGCAGAAUAUCCAGAAUACAAUUACAACCCAAUCAUUGUACAUGUAUCUAUCCAAAUAGUGUUGAUGUAAUGUUUUCACUUUAAUUUUAAAUUUCAAGUCAAACAUGGUAGUAAUCUUUGUACAUAAGAGUAGAGGAUUUUAUUUUGAAAGAUAAAUCAUUAAUGUGUAUGAGAAAGAAGGGGACAUUAGAGGAUGGAUGUUUUAUUUAAAAAUUUGAAUGAAAAUGACAAGUUUGUCCUUUCUUAUGAAAUUUAGAGGCAUGAA